GUACUCCUUAUUUAACCCUACUUGUCUAAAUUUCAACCUAACCCAACUUUUAUGCUUAUUUACAAAUGUUAUAAAUAAAUCACUUUAAAUAAUUUCCUAUUUAUCGAGAACAAUGGACGAUAUUCUAGAUAAAGAAAUAGACCACAACAAUAUCCGCGCCUUGGACAACCUUAAAUACAAUAAUUUUGAAAAUACCCAUUCUGAUGAUGAGGAUGACUUUGAAGACGUCUCCUUCUCUAGGGACAACAUAAGUAUAAAGUCCGAAAUUGAUUUUGAUAUGCCCACUGGAAAUUUAACUCACCUAAAGUCAGAAAUUAAGGAGGAAGUUCUAGAUUUGGGUGUAGAUAUCAUAAUGCCCGAAGCUCCCAAUCCGAACUCUAUAACUUCUAACAUGUCACAACCCCCUGCUAAAAAACCUAAAAAAGAUCAAAAAUCUAAGAAAGAACUUGAGGAGGAGGAACGUGAAAAAAUGCAAGUACUUGUGUCAAAUUUCACAGAAGAACAACUGGACCGUUACGAAAUGUACAGAAGAUCAGCCUUCCCAAAGGCAGCCAUUAAGAGACUUAUGCAAACUAUCACUGGGUGUUCAGUGUCACAAAACGUAGUUAUUGCAAUGGCUGGUAUUGCCAAAGUGUUUGUUGGAGAAGUAGUGGAAGAAGGUUUGGAUGUCAUGGAGGAAUUUGGGGAGUCUGGUCCUCUACAGCCUAAACAUUUAAGAGAGGCAGUGAGGAGGUUGAGAAGAGCUGGUGGUAUACCAGGAGGCAGGGAUUGUAGAGCACAUUUUAAACUUUAAGGAGUGUGUUUUUGUAUUUAGAUAUAUAGUUUUAAAUGUUAGGUAUUAUUUCUAUUUUAUAAAAACUUUCUUAAUUAAAAAAAAAUGUCAUGGCA